CAUGAAAUGAGUUUGUGUAGGUGAUAUCUUAAUUUGUUUAUUUCUGUGAGAAUGUCUGCUAAAAAGAAAUCACAGAGAGCAGAAUGGAUUAAAUGUGACAUUUGCUCUGUGUAUAUUUACCAAAAAGAGCUUGAGAAGCAUUUACAGGGGAGCUGUAGCAGAGAAUUGUCUAGGAGGCUCUCGGAUCAUCUCAAUCUCAGCUAUGUUCAAGAUCAGGUUUUCAACGCCGAAGUAUGUCAACAGGUUGAAAAAGGUCUGGAGAAGAUCUCAAAUUCCAUGAAAGACUUACUCAUUCAGUUAAACGCUGAAACAAUGAAGCUCUGCAAUAUGAGUAUCGGCCGUCCAAUCACAGUCCAUCUUCCAAAGGAAGAUGCGACUUUCUCUGCCCUUGUCUGGCCCUGCGCACACUUCCCAUCAACCAAGGCAGGAAUCAGCGCAAACAUGUGUGAAACAUACAACUUAAAUUCUGGAGAAUAUGUACAACUUGAAAACUUUGAUGAUGUCUGUUUACCAGCUGAAUACUUAAUGCUUGAACCCCAAUCAAAUAUCACAAGCCUGCCCUCUGUCACUGAUCUUCAGUGUUUUAUGGAAUUAAAUCUCUCUGGACAAAUGUUUGCAGUUGGAAAUAAAAUUUUAACCUGUUUCUAUGGCAGGCCUUGCAAAUUUGUUGUAAAAGAACUCAAGAGUGUUACUGGUGAGGUGUUUCGGACAGAGUUAAAUUUGAAGGAACAUUGUAAUAGAACGAAAGAUUAUUAUAAUUAUAGUCAUACAAUAUCUGACACCUCACUCCCAUUAUCUGGUAGUCCCGUAAUGGACCACACCACAGAGAAAAAGGACGGCUUUGAUUUGAAUGAAAGUGUUGAGAAACUAAGAGAAGAAGUACAAGAUUUAAACAUUUCUGCAAAUGAUGAUUUAAAAUCAACGUCAACUCCGAAGAAAAUUAUUUUCACUGAGAAACCUGAUUCUUCGUGCUUAUCUUUCCUCAUUGUGAACGAAAAUACAAAAAUACAUAUACAAACUAGUUCAGACAAUACAGAUCAAGGUAAUAGGCCAAUUGAUGCUGUGACCUAUGACAUGAUUGGGGGUAUAUCCAGGCAGCUUGGAACUGUGCGAGAAGUGAUCGAAGCACCAUUGAAAAAUCCACAAAUCUUCAAAGAUCUUGGUAUACAGCCCCCGAAGGGCGUACUGCUGUAUGGACCACCAGGCGUUGGGAAGACAAUGGUUGCUAAGGCAGUGGCUCAUGAGGUUGGUGCUCAUGUGGUGGUUAUAAAUGGACCAGAAGUGAUCAGCAAAUUUUAUGGAGAAACUGAAGCAAAACUGAGAGAAAUAUUCAAAGAAGCUGCUGCCAAGGCACCAAGUCUGGUGUUCAUUGAUGAACUGGAUUCUCUCUGUCCUAAAAGAGAGAAUGUCACGAGUCAGGCGGAGAAGAGAAUCGUUGCCACUUUACUGACACUAUUAGAUGGCAUGGAAUCUUCGAAUGAAAAUGGACAUGUAAUGGUUUUGGGUGCCACCAAUCGACCAGAUGCGAUAGAUGCUGCGCUUCGAAGACCAGGGAGGUUUGAUCGCGAAAUUGAGAUAGGAGUUCCAAAUGCACAAGAUAGAGCUGAUAUUCUUACAAAGUGUUUACAGAAAAUCAACCAUUCCUUAUCAAGCGAAGAUAUUACAAGUAUUGCAGAUUCAGCACAUGGGUAUGUUGGUGCGGAUUUAAAAUCUGUAUGUAAAGAAGCUGGCAUGUAUGCUUUCAAAAGACAUUCCAAAUCCCAUAAUGCAUCUGGAGGACUGUUAGCCAUUUCGGUUACCAUGGCGGAUUUUACUCUUGCUCUCCAAGAUGUCAAGCCAAGUGCAAUGAGGGAGGUUGAAAUUGAUGUACCAAAGGUCUAUUGGUCUGACAUUGGCGGUCAAGAAAUUGUAAAGCAGAAAUUAAAACAAGCUGUUGAAUGGCCACUCAAGCAUCCAGAUGCCUUCACCAGAAUGGGUAUAGCGCCACCAAGAGGCAUUCUCAUGUAUGGCCCACCAGGCUGUUCUAAGACUUUAAUUGCCAAAGCACUUGCAACAGAAAGUGGGCUGAAUUUUAUUUCAGUUAAGGGCCCAGAGCUGUUCAGUAAAUGGGUGGGAGAGUCGGAGCGGGCAGUGAGGGAAGUGUUCCGCAAGGCUAGGCUGGCAUCCCCCUCAAUUAUAUUCUUCGAUGAAAUUGAUGCACUGGCAGUUGAGAGAAACAGCUCGUCCGGUAGUAAUAGCGUAGCUGACAGAGUACUCGCCCAACUGCUGACGGAAAUUGAUGGCAUUGAGAAGCUGGCGGAUGUCACGAUAGUCGCUGCCACAAAUAGACCAGAUAUGAUUGACAAGGCAUUGAUGCGUCCAGGUCGUCUUGAUCGCAUCCUCUAUGUACCAUUACCUGACCAAGCAACUAGAGCUGAGAUACUUAAAAUCAACUUCAAAAGAAUGCCAAUUGAUAGAGACGUUGAUGUCAGUUCUGUCGUCGCUCAAACUAAUGGUUACUCUGGAGCAGAGGUAGUGUCCGUCUGCCGAGAGGCAGCGCUGUAUGCCAUGCAAGAGGACAUUGACUCUGAGGUCAUUCGCUCUGCACACUUUGCUCUAGCCCUGGACUCAGUCAGGCCUAGAAUUACUAAAGACAUGGUCCAGUUCUAUGAAGCCUAUGAACAGAAUUGUGGUCUGCACUCUGUUUGACCUCAAUGCAGGUAGAAUAAACUCUUCUAAGAAGCAGCCUAAGCUUCAAUAAGAGUAUUGGUGGUAUUGCCCAUUGGCUGGGGGCCAGCUGGGCAUAGGGUCCAAGCUCACCAAUUCUUGGAGAUUUUUAUUCCUAUUUUGAAUGGUCAUAUAGAACUGUGUACUGCAGACUUCUCAAGUACUAUGGAACUUCCGUAGCAUGCAAUUUUGAGCAACAAGUUAUAUCUUGCACUCAAGGCAAAUUAUUAGGUGGUACAGAAAUUUUCCAUUUACUACAGAAAAUCUGAAGACAUAGUUACGGAAAUGCAUUUUAUGAACUUGAGAAAUCCGGUACUGUACAGUGCAAGUACAAAUCAUUUGCAUCAGCGAUGGCCUGAUUUUAACUUUCUUUCAGAUCAGUCUGUGCGUAAUGGUGUGAUAUCCUGGUGUGAGAACUGUGAUGCAGGAACAAAGCCUUUAGCUGUGUUAUACACAAGACUUGCCAAGUGUCAUGCAUCGGUUGCAUUUCUGAUUCCCAACCUUGAGAUCAGAGGUUGCUGUACAUUUCGCUUGUGUCCUUAGGCAAGGCACUUUCCUACGGCAGACCUUUCAAGUCUCACACAUCAGGCGGGAGUCUCGGGCAUUUAACUUCGACCUCACACCCUUACGCGAGGCCUACCGGUAUAUAUUGCAUGCAUUCCAGAAUUUCUUCAAAUUAUAUUUUUUUUAUGUGCUAUUUCUCAAAACAAGCAAACAACAUGUACAAACAUGACGAUCAUCGCUAGCGAUCCCAUAGUGAUCGUCGCUGUGUUUGACGCGGCCUCAACAGAAACUGAAGUAAACUAAAUGGGAUAUCAAACUGGGACAUUGUAUCAAUAUAUACACUGUAAAGGUGUAUGUUAUAUCAACUGUUUUUUCUUUAAGGUUUGUGACCUCUCGCAUAAUUUUCAAAAAAUGCCCAAUCUCAAGCAAAUUCAGAAGAAAUCUCGAGCAAUCCAGUGUAAGCUGUCAUUCGACCCUAUUUUUACCCCUCCUGUUAUACUCCUACACUUUUGGAGUCCUGAGGAGGUCGGCUUUACCCACCAGAACUAGAAUGUUUCAACCUUUAUUGGGUCAUUUUCAGAAAUGAUAAAGCAUUAUGGAAUUCUCCCCAGGGAGCUGAGUAUGUGUUCCAUAUGUGCUUGAUCCAGUGACCGGGGGUAAUAAUGCGAGGCGCUUAGAGGCCUUGUUGGCAUUAAGCAUUAUAUAAGUCUAACAUAUUAUUAUAACAUUAUUAUUAAAAUCACAGAAAGAAAAUGUUUCCCUAUGGCUCCAGUGGGCGGAUUCAAGGGGUUGGGGGGCCAUGCCGGCCCAGGGCCCCUCCCCCUAAAUGUUUCAAAAUUUUUUUUAAAUUGUGAAAAAAAGAAAAUCCUACUCAAAUUUUGAGUCUAAGAGUGCCAUUUUCAGCCAUCUAGAGGUACAAUAAUCAAAAAUUUUUUUUACCUCAGCCCCAAGUACUGUAUAGACCCUCCGUCUGUGAAAGCCCCUGUCUGGGCCCCCCUCUAUUUCAAAUUCCUGGAUCCACCACUGGGUCACAUCUGCAUUUGUAAAUAAAUGUAGUUGACAGCCAUAGGCCUACAUUUCUUUACUGCAUAAGCUCAUACAGUACAUAACGCUAUAAUUUACAAAAUAAGUACUAAAUAAAUAAAUGAAUCUCCCAAAAUGGUAAUUUUGUUUAUUUCAUUCAUGUUCCCUACAUUUAUGGCCAUCUAGGAUUCUAGAGGUGCUAUAUUCUUAAAAUGUUCUCACCUCAGCCACAACCAUAGUGGGGACAGCUUCCAAUAUGUAAGUGUCCCAUAUUUUUUCCCAUAACCUUGACAGGUUUCUAAUCUUAUCAAAUGAUUACACAAAAUUGUUUUAAUUAAUAUCUUUAAAAUAUUACCAAAUGAUUUUCAAAGUAUGUUUAUUAAUUUCUUUAAAAUAUAACAAAGUGUGUGAGAAAUAUAGGAAUCUGUGAGGUUAUAUUUUAUUCAUAGGGAAAGUGUACUGAUCAGUUGUCUCACAGUGACAUUGGACAACCUUAUUGAGGUUUGGUUAGGUGUUAAAAAUCAUGAUACCAUCCCACUGUUAAAAUACUGGAACUAUAAAUCCUCUACAAUUUUAAUAAAUAUGUUAUUAUACAUAUGA